GAAGGAUGUUUGAUGGAGAGAUGGCGAGCUUGGAAGCGAUCCUGGCUACAAACACAGUGAAAGUGCCCAGGCCUGUGAAGGUCGUGGACCUUGAGAGAAGUGGAGCUCUUCUCAUAAUGGAACAUGUGGAGAUGAGGAGCUUAAAUAAAUACUCAUCAAAGCUGGGGGAACAACUAGCUGACCUGCAUCUUUACAACAAGAAACAGACAGAGAAACAAAACAAGGAACAGCAGUCUGUUGGAAAAGGAUCAGGAACAUCUGAAAUUCAACUAGCCAACAAGUUUGGGUUUCAUGUGGCUACCUGCUGUGGUUAUAUCCCUCAGGUAAAUGAUUGGCAGGAUGAUUGGGUGUCUUUUUUCGCCCAGCAAAGGCUGCAGUACCAGCUCAGCUUGGUGGAACAGUCAUAUGGAGACAGAGAAGCCAGGGAAUUGUGGGCCAAACUCCAACUGAAGAUCCAUCAGCUGUUUACAGACGUAGAGGUGGUUCCAGCUCUGCUGCAUGGAGAUCUCUGGGGAGGAAAUGUGGCCGAAUGUUCUGAAGGUCCCAUCAUCUUUGACCCAGCAUCGUUUUAUGGCCAUUCAGAGUUCGAACUGGCUAUUUCUGGCAUGUUUGGUGGUUUUGGGAGCUCGUUUUACAAUGCUUACCAUGAGAAGAUCCCCAAGGCCGCUGGCUUUGCAAAGAGGCAACAACUAUACCAGCUGUUCCACUAUCUGAACCACUGGAAUCAUUUUGGUGGUGGCUACAGGGGUUCUUCUCUACGGAUUAUGAAGGAUCUAAUAAAGUAGAUGCACCCUGAUUCAUAAAGUCAUCAUUAAUGAAGGUGGAUGCAUUGACAAGAUGAAAAAGUCUGUUGUCUUAAUAUAAUUUACACAGAUUUAAAAAAAAUCUUAUAUUUUUUUUUUAAGAUAAAACUGUACAAUUAUGCUUCCAAACAAUGGCCAAAA